CUCGGGGAUUCUCCUACCUUUUUCAGACUUUCUUUCCUCUUUCUGUUUUCCUGGUUUCCGAUUCUCAGUCUUGGUUGUCCUGCUCUUCGAUUCGUCUCGCGUCAUCUCGAAUCUCUCUCUCUCUCUUCCUCGACUACACUUAACCUCCCUCUAACACCAACAGCUCUGAGACACGUACAUACAUACAGACGGAACCCGAAGAUACCCAUGGCUGAAUCCUAAUCGCUGCCCGUCCCGAAACUUCGUUACUUGUUCGCCUGGGUCCCUUUAUUCGUUCCAUCAUCCAUAUUAAUUCCACCUUUUUUUGUGCUCGCCGCGCAAAGAAGUGUGUGCUUCGUCGGUCAGUCGGAUCUUAAGAUUACCUUACAGACCGCGCAACCUCCCUCCCGGCCGCCGAGUCACCCGUAAUCGUACGGAUACAGCACUGCGCAUUGCGUACUGCGCAUCGCUCGUCCGGCCAUUACAUCGCAUCGCAUCCACUACCACCACACGAUAAUCUUAAAGCCGGAGAGAUCCACGAAUCCAACGAACGACCCUUCGGUCUCUCACUCACCCCGAUUCGUAACGUCCCCCCCUACCGAGCAUUCAGAGGAAUUGCGCUAGUCCCAGGGCCGAAGCUGUCGAUUCCGAAACCCUCGAAUCCCCGAAUCCCUUCCCGCGCGAUCGCAUCUCUGCCCAUUCCUCGCAUCCUCGUCUCGACGGGCUAGAGGCGGCCUUGUAGGCUUGUCCUGCUCAUCCAAGACCACUCUUGGUCGCGCACGGCGCAAGUGGGUGUCUCUCAGUAAUUUGGUUGCAUGGUUGCUGGCUUGGCACAACGUCGAGCAAAGCGUCGAGCAAAGCUGCAAAGAUGGGCCGUAAUCGAGGUUCGUGCUCCCACAUUCCCUUCUUCCAGCUCUUGUCGCAUAGUCUUCCCAAGUUCCCAUAUCCUUAGCCUUCUUAGCGCAACUUGCUGCAGUUGGCACACCCCCCCUUCUUCCCAAGUUUCCCAGCCCAGCCCAGUCCUUGCAGGCUUGCACCGGACCAUCAUGCGUAGGAGGCUUUUUUGGUUGCGCGCUGGCGCGUGUUGCUGGCGUGCAUCCCAAUCCUAAUAUGCCCAAUAUCCCUUUUACUGCGCAAUGCUGUUGUUUGGCGGCAUUUACAUCAAAUACCCUUGCCCGGCCUUGUUUUCUGUCCACAGCUGGUCCUGGAUGGCUUUGCAUCACCAGAAUCCUGAACCAUCGUCCUCGCCAUUUAACACUUUACUUCUACCUCUGUCUUCCCUGCCGCUACCCGUCCGCCCCAGUGUCGCCCUGCUCGGCCAUCCUCACCAUCCGUCGUCCUUCUCGCUCGUCCGCCGGGGACCCCCCUUCUUCCCCUUGCGCUCCUCCCUUCGCAAUCCCCCUCACAUCCGCUCACCCCCGGCCAGUUGGUGGUCCUGGCCAAUUAGUCGGGUACCAGGGCGAUAUUGUUACUUUUUCAUGACCCAGUGGCUUUGAUAUUUUUUUAAUUGCCUGUAUUUGGUAUCACUGUGAGGUGUAGCUGUGUGGAUUCGGAAGGAGACGCAGAGAGAAGAGAGACGCGCGCGCAACCAUGCUGACCAAAUCCGCUUCCAUGGGCACCACAGUCCUCUCAUUCAUGUCCCAAUUUUCUGCCACUUCGAGGGACGGCAGCAAGACAAACCAGCCAACUCCCAAUUCGUCACCUCCCCCCGACGCGGCGACACCUUUUCCUCCAUACAACCUCAAGUCACACCCGACUUCAAAUCCACCAACAACACAACAUCAACGUCAACAAUCCCAAUCCCAAAAAACAGAACCCUUUCCAGAACCGCCCGCCAGUUUCGGCCAGCGCCCCGCAACCCCUACUUCGCCCGCGCGUCCACCAUCCGAAUAUGCGUCAUCGCCCGCCAACGGAACUGCCAACAGCUCGCCCGUAAAUAGCCCCAGAUCCGUCACUGGCCGCCAACGCAGCUCCUCCCGCCCACUUUCAAUGGUAAUGCCAUACCAGCCGCCCCUCAUGGAUAUCAACGAAGAUACCAUUCCCGAGCUUCAGCCCAUCUUCACUUUCCUGAAUAGCCAUGCGAACAAGCUGUACCAGGAGGGCUACUUCCUAAAGUUGGACGACCAAAACACACAGGGCAAGCCCAAUCCCGACCGCACCUGGACUGAGUGCUUCGCUCAGCUCGUCGGAACCGUAUUGUCACUAUGGGACGCAGCAGAGCUCGAUGCCGCUGGCGAGGACGGCGAGAUCCUCCCCAAAUUCAUCAACUUGACUGACGCUUCCAUCAAAAUGAUCGAAUCCCUACCAACACGAUCGAAUGACGAACAGCCGCUGCAGAAUAUCCUCAGCGUCUCGACUGCCGGCAGGAACCGUUAUCUGCUGCACUUCAACUCGCACCAUUCAUUGAUCCAAUGGACUGCUGGCAUCAGGCUCGCUAUGUACGAGCACUCGACCCUGCAGGAGGCGUACACCGGUGCCUUGAUCGCCGGCAAGGGCAAGUCCCUCAACAACAUCAACCUCAUCAUGGAUAGACAAAAGUUCAAGACCGAGGAAUGGGUGCGCGUGCGGUUCGGCGCCGGAGUCCCCUGGAGGCGGUGCUGGUGUGUCAUUUCUCCCCCCGACGAGAAGGAGUAUGCAAAGGCCCAGAAGGAGAUGCGCAAAAAGUCGCCUUACGACCGUUCCACGCCGAUUCUCAAGGGAGACAUCAAGUUCUACGACACCAAGAAGGAUGGCAAGAAGCAGAAGAAGGCUCGCCCCAUUGCCACCAUUACCGAUGCCUACUCUUCCUACGCCAUCUACCCGCAGGCCAAGUCGCUGAUUGAUGCAUCAACGCUCCUUAAGAUUGAGGGAAACAUCACCAUCCACUCUGACCCGCCGUCGUCCACCGAGGGUUUCGUCUUCAUCAUGCCCGAAACUCACCCUGCCGUCAGCGGCUUCGAGAUGCUGCUGCGCUUCCUCUUCCCCACCUGGGAUACCUUCUGCCUCUACGGCCGCCCCGGCAGACUCGUGGCCAGUGUCCUCGACCCGAGAUCACUCAUGUUUGCCAUGCCAAAGCACCGAAGAUACGGUUACCUCGAGAUUCUUGACGUUACUGGAUUGAUCUUGGAAGAAGGCAGCUCAAGCUGGUCGGAACGUGAUUGGAGAAAGAAGCUCAAGGAGCUCACUGGUAAGCGAAUGAAUGCCAUGGAUGAGUCCCAAGCCACCCGUCAAAGAAGCGGAAGCAAGAAGAGCAACCGUCUCAGCUUCGGCAAUGGCACCUCCAGCCCUGUGCCGGCCAAGCCUAGAGUCGGCUUUGCAUCUGAUGCCAUUUCAAACCGGUCUUCUCGAUCCAUGUCACUGGGCACACCCAACCGCUCAGAGAGUACACCUGUCACGACUUCUCGUGCGCCUCCUGCAUUGGCUGGUAUCAUGAACAAAGCAAACCAUGCACGCAACUCUUCGGAUCCUCAUCUGCUUGGUCACACACCCCAGCGCCCUGAGGACCGUGGCUACGACAGCUCGUACAGCAACUCCUACAACAACUCACCGGCACGUUCGCCAGCCAGAGGUCCCUCACCAGCCCGUGGCCCGCCCCCGGCGAGAGGAAUUCUUCGCUCAGGAACCCAGAGCUCUGAAGAAGACACAGCCCGGAGCACACCGGUGCGAGAGAUUGAGGGAACUGUGCGCCAGAUGGAGUCGCCAGAGCCUGUUGCUGCUCCCCCUGCAUUCAACUACGGUCCUAACUCCAAGCCUGCGGGCAAACCUUACCACUCUCCAGAUCUUCGCAGGGCUACUACUCGAUUGUCCAACACUACCCUUUCCCAGUUGACGAAGGCAGGCGGAUUCGUGAUUCCCCCCGAUAGCCCAUCUGAUGCGUCGUCUGAGCGGAGGAGUGGGGAGGAUGCUGCGCCAUCUGGUCCUUUGGUACAUCCUCAAGCUUAUCCCGACCACCAUGUAGGAGGCACUGCUAACGAUACAAUGUCUCGUGAAGCUCUGACCCCUAACCAAACCCCUCCUCCCUCCGGUGGUCUCCCGCCCCCUAUUCCGCCCAUGAACCAGAAGCGUUCCCGAUCGCCCCUUGCCCAGCAGACGUUCGGCCCCCCCAGCCCUCACCCUCAGGGUCCCUUGCCUCCCAAUCCUCAAAGUCGAGGCCUUCAAGAUGCGAGACCCCCUCCCCCUCCUGAACAUUUGGAAGGCCUUGAGCAGAUGAGAAGCCCAGUCGAAGGACAUCCCCCUCAGAUCCGUCCUCAGCCGUCAUUCAGCAACUUUUCGCGACCCGAUGGCACACGAACUCCCCCCUUGGGUGGACCAGGCCGAGUGCCUACUCCGGAAAUGCGAAACCGCGGCAUGAACCCUCAGGCGAUGGGGCCGCCGCCACCCCCGCAUGGUAGAGACCCUCGGGCUCAGGGCCGCGGUGUCCCGCUCCCCGGAAUCGAUACGAACCCCGCCUUCCAGCGCAAACCACUGCCGGCUCGAUCGGACAGCUUGAGAAGCCCUCAGCAACAGACACCCAUCUCAGCCUCCAGCGGUGGCAGUUGGGGCAACAACAUUAUCGAUCAGGCGGGAUUCCAGCAAAUCCAACCCCGCGAUCCUAGACAGCGGACACCGGUACCUGAGCAGCAGAUCAACAGAGCUCAGACACAGAGGAGCGAUGCCAGCUACUACGAUGACGCAUCGUCAACAGCGAGCCCAGACUACGCUAGCCGCAAGUCCAGCGAGACACAGCGCUCUCAAAAGUCUUUCGAGCGGCCCAGAGCAGGUGUGUUGAAGACCGUGGGCGGCGCCGACUCUGACAAUGGAGAGUUCGCCAUUCCUGAUGUCAACUUUGGGCCUACCGUCAACUACGGCGCCAAUCAGCCCGCGAGAAACAAGACACCUACGCCCAUGACCUAUCAAGCCACGCCCGGCCCUCAGCGACCAUUCUCCCCGGUCGCCAUAAAGUCUCCCACUGGCAAUGACCCCAGCCAUAACCGUCAAGAGUCUGAGGACACGGUCAGGAAGGUCGCUUGGCAACCUGGUGCCGCCGCUGUUCCCAGCGGUCCAGGCAUGAGCGCGGAGCAGUUUGUCCAGCAGCGCGCUGCCCAACCGGCUGCUCCCAUGUACGCCCACAAUAGGACGCCCUCUGGCAACAUCCUUACUAUGCGAUCGAUGACCCCGACUCCCGCCAUGACCCGAAGCGGUUCUCAAGAGAUGCUCGCCCGUCACUCUCGCAGCAGCUCGGCAGAUCUUCUGCAGCGUCCCGGCUCUCGCGGCGCCAACGCCGUUCUUGACAUGACUAGCAGUGGUGAGGUAUCAUCUCACCUGUCGGCGCGCGAACAGGAGCACGUCGCUCGCAUGACGGGCUCACCGCUCAUUACGAUGGCCGGCAACCGCAAUGCGAACCAGCAGCAGCAGGGAGCCGGCUUGGUCGGCGCGAUCCACGCCCGUGAGCAGGAGAGACAGCGGGCCAAGCAGGGUAUGAACACGCAGGCGGUGCAGCAAGCCAUCAACCAGCGCCAGCAGCAACAAGCCAUGGUCUACCAGCAGCAGCUUCAACGUCAGCAGCAACAGCAGGUUUACCAACAGCAACAAAUGUAUGCCCAGCAGCAGCAGCCCAUGUCUCCUGGGGGCAUGAUCCCUCAGGGCAUGUACACUCAGAGCAACAUGUCUGUUGGCCAAAUGAGCCAAAUGGGUCCAAUGAGCCCAAUGGGUCAGAUGAGUCAGAUGGGUCAGAUGGGCCAAAUGGGUCAGCCGAGGGGACAGCCCAACGGAUACGCAACCGGGCCUGCGCAGAACUUCGGCUACGCUCAGGGCAGCAGCUACGGCCCCGCGAGUAACUACGGCGGCGGCGCGGCCAGCACUUACGGAGGUGCUGUCAGCAACUUUGGCGGCCAAGGAGGCGGAUACAGCCAGGGAGGUUCUUAUGCCAACCCGAUGGCCAUGCGCCAGGGUCGCCAAUCACCCGGACCUCAGAUGAUGGAUCCCCGAUUCAUGCAGCAACAACAGCAGCAACAGGGCCAGUACUCCCCGGGCCCUCGUCAGGGUGGACGUGGACAAGCCUAUCCGGCGACAUACCAGGGACAGGCUUUUUAGAAGACUUGAGAGGUUGAAUGAGAUGAAGGAGAUGCAGAUGGAGAGAGGAGAGAGAAGAAGUUUGGUUUUUAUUGACUGAGUAGAUACCAGCAGACGGGGCAAUGUGCCCUUGUCUUGGAAGAAGUGUAACAUCAUCUGGAACGGCCACAUGGAAGGCGUUUGAAGAGACGUAACUACAACCAUAGGAAAAGCUGGUUGUAGGUUUUGGUCCUAGACAGGACAAGCAUUUGGGAUUUUCUUUUGUUGAGUAGAGGCUGGGUAAUAGCAUGGCCGACGGUUGGCAUUGAUGACUAGCAGAGACGGCCGAACAUAAAUGACGAGAAAGAAUUAGCAUAACAAGACGAGAUUUUCUACGA